AUGGAUAGCACGACAGAAUGCAUCAUCUACCUCUUGGCUCUAGCCUCACCAGUCCAAGACUUUACAACUGCCCUCGCAGAACUGCCUGAAGAACAGAGACCCGUCCUCACCACCGAAGCUGUCCGCUGGAUCUUCCCUCCUACAGCCUUCUCAGUUCAUGAACUGACAACCACUCACUGGGAUAUAACGGCUUGCUUCAAAGCACCCGGGCCCUUUUCAAUUCAUCCGAAUCUCUCCAAACUCAUCAAAUCAUCAUGGAGUAUAUCCUUUGCCGUGCCCUCAGCUUUACUCGCAUCACUAGCAACUACCCAGUCUGAGUUGGCGGCGUCCAACUGGCCUCGAUCCAGAGAACUUGACCUCCUAACGGACUCGGACCUCCGCAAGAGUGACACAAUCUCCUCUGUAGACUCAGCUGAAGUCACGUCAGGUCUUAAAACCUGGAUGGAAUCAUUCAGCAAGGAUCAAGAAGAAAAGCAACAUUCACAAGACAUAAUAAUGUUCAAUCUUCUAGCCUUCAAAGACAUGGCGAAAUACAGGAAAUAUCAAGAUGCGUUUGUAGCUGGAGUUGGAGUGAGACAUGGUGUUAGACCACUCUUGUAUGGUGAAGUUAUCAAUUCAUCUCUGCAAAACCAGGGAAAGAGUCCAUGGGAAAUGGUGGCAUUGGUAUACUACCCUUCCCCGCUGCAUUUUGGGGAUAUGUUGUCGAGUCCAGAUUAUAAGGAGAUAAGUCACAAGUAUCGCGAUGGUUCCUUGGUUGACAAUCCGAUUUUGUGUCUUUCCAAUAUCUGA